AUGAAUCCUCAACAUUCAAAGUUUGCACUUCUUAAAAAUUAUGAUUUUGAAUUACCAAAAAUGAAAGCUAUGACACUUCAUAGUUUCCAUUGUGGUAGAUUGAAGACUACUUAAUCACCAGAACCUAAAAUGCCAAAAUUACAACAAAUAACUUUUUAAUCAACUCUGAUUGUAAAACGACUUUAGCCAAGAUGUAGAUAAAGGAAAGUACAAAUGCGUACUAUUUCUUUACAUAAAAUCAAUAAUACAACAUUAGAAAAUAGAACAAUAAUUCCUUUAAAUUAAUCUAUGGAUAUCAAAGGAUGGUCAUAGAAAAGUGUGAUGGAAAUAUUCGAUAUAUGA